CAGAAACCUGCUGUCAUUCUGCUGUUUACCGCUGAAUUUGGACACUUUGGACAAUGUGCUGCUCCGGUGGAAGCUGACACACCGAGGAUAAAUCUCUCUGAGACAUGACCAACCCGAAGCCCAAAGCAGAGAGGCAGAGCGAUGGAGCCGAGGGCCCCGACGGGGGCUGGGGCUGGGUGCUGGUCGGCGCCAUGUUCGUGAGCACGAGCCUGGUGUUCGGCCUGAUGCGCUCCCUGGGGAUCUUCUUUGUGGAGUUCGUGCAGUACUUUGAGGAGAGCGCUCAGGCCAUCUCCUGGAUCUCGUCCACGGGCCUGGCAGCUCAGCAGUUCUUCAGUCCGCUGGGUGCAGCGCUGUGUAAUGCAUACGAUACACGGGUGGUGGUGAUGACGGGGGGCUGUCUGGCUGGACUCGGACUCAUCCUCGCCUCGCAGGCCACCUGUCUUGUUCACCUCUACCUCACCAUGGGCGUUAUCUCAGGUUUGGGCUGGGGGCUGGUCUUCACGCCCAUGGUGGCUACAGUCAUGGCUAACUUCACUCGCCGGCGUGCACUUGCGUUAGGACUGGGGUUCUCCAGCAUUGGUCUCUCCUCUUUCGCAUUCAACCCGCUUUUCCAGUUUCUGGUGGAGAUGUACGCGUGGCGAGGGGCCCUCCUGAUUCUGGGGGGCCUCAGCCUCAACAUUGUGCCCUGCGGAGCUCUCAUCCGCCCAAAAAGACGCCCUAAAGAACCAGCAAAGGUGGAUUCAAAGAGCAGGUCAUCGUGCACUGCAGUGCUGCAGCGAGUGUCCUCCUACCUGGAGCUGCCGCUGCUCUUCGAGAGGCCGUACAUCACCUACACGCUGGCCGUCACUCUUCUUAACGUCGGCUACUUUGUGCCAUAUUUCCACCUGGUGGCCCACAGUCGCCAAGCCGGCUUCUCGGAGUACCAAGCCGCUUUUGUCAUGUCAGCCGCCGGCGCUACAGACAUUUUGGGGCGCGUGGCGUCGGGCUGGUUCUCAGACCUGGGUCACUUCCGGCCGAUUCAUCUACUGACCACGUGGACGACGCUGGCGGGAGUGUUCAUCAUGCUGCUGCCUGUGAGCUCGCUGUCCGGCUCGUACGCCGCUCUGAUGGUGAUCAGCCUCCUCUACGGCUUCUGCUCGGGGGCGCUGACGUCUCUGGUGUUUGCGGUGGUGCCCAUGAUAGUGGGCGUGGAGCGCAUGAUGGGGGCCCUCGGCCUGCUGCAGCUGAUCGAGAGCGGCGCGGGGCUGCUGGGGACGCCUCUGUCAGGGUUGCUGAAGGACGUCACAGGCAACUACGUGGCCUCCUUCAUGGUAGCGGGCAGUUUCCUCGUCCUCGGUACGUUGACCAUGUCCACUCUGCCUCACUACUUCUCCUGCAAAGAUCCGCCGCCUCCUCAAAAACGCUGCCUCAAAGACAAAGAAAAGAGUUUAAAUUUAGAGUUGGAACUGAUGAACAGCUCAACUUCUGCCAUGAGUCACAGAGGAGUUAAUGAUAUGACAGCUGAAGUGAUCAAUAAUCCACAACACUGUGUAAGUUAAGGAUUCAGGAGCCUUGUUGAGGCUCUUCGGAUCAGUUAAAAUAAGGACGGCGCCUCCGUGAAGACGUCGUUGGUUAAUACGCUGCUCCACAUGAAU